AUGUCUGAAGAAAGAACUAUUCAAGUAUUUCCAGAACUUAUAGAUGAUGCAUUUAUACUAUCAAGGUGUGAGUAUAGAUUGCAGUUAUCUUUCUAUACUCCAGAUUUGCAUGUCACAAGAGCGUGGUCACUGAUAACUAGGGAUCAGCGUGAAAGCUUUAAUAAGUAUGCAUCAACUUUGGGUGGACAUAUCAUUCAAAGUGUAUUUGAUAUAUCUAAAUUGUCUCAUGAUCAAGGAUUUGAUAGUAUAUUAAAUGAAUCAGUCAUUAUUGUAAACCCACAUACAAUGGUAUUUACAAAUGGUGCACUAUCCCCACCAAAUGGUUUUGAGGCAAAUCCAAGUGGGUUAUAUCGUUUUAUAAUAUUUACAUUAGCUUUAGGCCCUAUUUUGACAGUUGAUAGUUCUGAUUUAACGAAGACAUCAGCCCCAUUCCCAUCCGGAUAUAUGUGCCGAACUUGGCAGGAUCCAAAUAUAUGCUAUGUUCCAUCACCGAAUUACUCAUUUUCAGCAAAUUACCAAGUUAAAUUCAGUGAACAAAUUUUACCUACAAUUUUAUUGGAGAUAGAAUUUAAACCACUAAGAAUUGAAAUUUCACAGCCUCUAUGCGAGAUGUGUGAAAUAAAUUUAUCAACUAUAUAUUGUGGGUCGGAUAAAGCCCAUUUGUGCUCUUCUUGUGAUGAAGCACAUCACUCUUCUACCAGGUUACUUUCAAAACAUCAAAGAGUUCCAGUAUCUCAAAGCCCAUAUCAAUUUGGAUUUUGCCCUCAUCAUUCCACUGAACGUAUAGACUCUGUAUGUAUGGAAUGUUAUAUCCCAUUAUGUCCUCAUUGUAUUCUUAUAGGGCAACAUUCUUCAGGAGAUGCAGCAGAACAUAUUCUUAUAUCUACGACUGAUGCAAUUAGAAUGGCUUAUUCUGGUUCUUCUCAAAGCGACUUAGAAUUAUAUAAAAGGAAACAACAAUUAGUUGAUUAUCUCUCAAGUCGCAAUGAUCAUAUUAAUAAUGUGAGAUGUAACUAUGAUGAAAUUCAGGAAAGAAUUGAAUUGGCAUCAAAAAACUUAUUAAAACAAUUGAUAUCUUUACGAGAUCGUAAAGUUUCUUUUCUUAUGUCUGUGAAACGUCAAUUAUUGACUGAACUGCUUUUAAUAGAAUGGAUGGAAGCUUUUUUUGCUCAUCUUAGAUUAGCAUUAUUACCAUCAGACUUCCUUGUAUAUUCACAUAGGCAUGAUCUUGUAUGUAGUCACUUUUUUGGUGAUAUAUCAAAAAUUGUGGUAUCAAAUGAAGUAAUACCAUUAUGGAUUACUGAAAGAUUCUUUGUAGAUGGUGGAUUAUAUAUUGAAUCUAGAAAAAAUGAAGUUGUAGCACUAUUAAAUUCAUCUUGUGAAGAAAGUACUGAAAAAAAGGAAAAUAGUUUAUUAGAGAAAGAUGAAAAUAACACUAAAACAAAUACAGAAUAUUCUAAAUUUUCACAAAGUACUAGCGCAAAGUGGUUGGAGUUUAAUAAUGUAGACGAAGUUUCUGUAGGUAAUUUAGAUGGUCAUGUGGCACCUAUAGAACAACAGUUAUUAACCUCAGAAGAAUAUAAUUUAUGUGAAUUACCUGAAAUAUAUUCAAUAUCAACGAAAAGAAAUGAAAAUAUUCCAGUAACUUGUGCAAAACUAAAAAAAUCAAAACUUAUUCCAGAAGCUAAGCAAAUAGUAGAUAAUUUCGAUAACGAAUUCUCCAAUGAUUCAAUUAUAUUUGCAAAUGAUGAAUUUGUAACAUGUGCAACAAAUAUAGUUAAACUUAAGCUCAAAGAAAAUAACUUUGAUACUAAUUUGGGUGAAGAAAGUGGACAGAUUUUAUUAGAUUUACUAUACGAUAAUGAAAAUGGUGAAAUUAUUGAUAAUAACCAAAGAUAUUUGCAAGAAAGAAUUGAGUCUAUAUUUAUCAGCAAAAAUAGAGGAAAUAAAAUGGAUGUAUGGAAUCCUAAUGUUAUAAAACCAAGUAAAAUUGCACAAGUUUAUUGGAAUGAUUUAAUAAGCAAUCAUUAUGAACUCAUGAUUGCUUUAUUACAUACAUCUCCUGCAAUGAAAAGAAGGCAGCUUAUAUCAGAUUUUUAUGAUCUAGCUAUCUAUAUGCAAUCAUUUGAUCACUUUUAUCUAUCUAUUUUGCACUUUGAAAUUUACUUUUUAAAAAAUAUUCCUAUAGAUUCAUUAUUACUAACAUCCUCUAUAAUUAAUGAUAUGUUUCAUAUAGUAUUUAGAUCUAGUAAUUUAUUUCAGAAAGAUAGAAAAUUUUUAUCACAGCAACUACAAACAACUUUAUCCAAGAUAUUAAAUCUUCCUGAUGGGCCUCUAGAGAAGUUUAUUGGUAAAAAGAUACAUAAACAAAUAUCUGAUUUAAAUAAGACUAAUAUAAAUAAAAGCGAAUCAAAUAAUUUGCUAACUAAUGAUAAUAUCGUUGACCAACAUGAAAUUGAUUAUAGUUUGGCUAAAUUUGAGGAAUCUAUACUACAAUCUAUUGAAGAGCUUGUAAACCAGAUUACAAUAAUAGAGUUGAGGAGUAUUCCAGAUUCUAUUCAUGGAGCUAUUUCAUUUUGUUGUCAAGCCUUGUUAAAUCAUUAUAUAAUACCUAGGUUAACCAAGGUUUUAAUUUUAAUUAAUAACACAAUAAGUAGUGAUAAUAAUGUUCUUAAUUCUAAAAUUACAGUUUCCAAAAACAGAAAUUCUAAUCAAGAUAUUUUGGAAUAUACUGGAGUAAUAACUAAGAAGGACGAUAUAAUAUCAAGGAUACAAUGUUAUAGGAGAUCUAUUUCUGCAUUAUCACUAUAUGUAUGGAAAUCAGAUAAUACUCCUAAGAUAUUAUCUAUAUCUAAGGUAGAAGCAAGUUAUAAGAAAUUGGGACUAGAGAUAUUUUCUUGGCUUCAAAAGCAAAUGAUAAAACCAAGAUUAAAUUCACCUAUUGGCUUUAAUUUAGCUGGAAUGCCGAAGAGAGGCAUAGAUGCAGUGAAUAGCAUUCGAGAUUACAUGAUUUGGGUGGAUAAUGCACUAAGGAACCAAAAUCUAAACCCAGAAGGAGGUAUGACAGAGAAAGACUUAAUUAAAUGUGAAUACUUUGAAAGACUACUUCAAAUUUCAGUAGAAGGAUAUGGUAAAUAA